ACCCUUGAGGUCAUUGACCCAGGAUUAGUGACGUCCCCGGUGAAAUUCCAAGAACUGUUGCAGCGCCACCGCGCGCCUGUCAGUAGUAUUGCACCCAUAAUAUCAGCGGCCGGUACCAUCAGUCCUGUCCGGACACGCAAGAGGGAUGGUACUUCUCACAGGAUACUCCGCAGUUUUCCUUCAAUAUCUCUGAAUUUGUCCCGGAUAUGAGCUUAUGUCGGAUGCCAGGACCUAGGAUAGACUUGUAGGGGCGCAAAUUUCGUCUGAAUCGUCCGACAGUCGGGAUUAUUAUAGGGAUGCAUUUUUGGUGCUGACAUCACAAUCACAGGGUUGGAGGGAUGUGGCGAUGGCGUCCAGCUGUCCGAUAGCGACAUCGUGUAGUUAGACGACUGAGCUGAAGAUGUCCCUGACGGAACGCGUGACCAACAGCCAUGGCCAGAACGGCACCCCGGUCCAGCGGAGCCACUCCUUCGGAGGGUUCAAACACGAGCAGAAUCCCUUCCUGUCACAACGGGUCUCCAGCUUCGGCAGCCCAGUUGCAGGUAUGAACAAGAGGACAGAAACGAAGAUCUUCAACUUCAAGAGCCCCAGUCACAGACGACCAAAAGUGCCCAGGCCUAACAGAGUCAACGAGAUCUUCACAAGCUUGAAAAGAGGUUUAAGUGACUUGAUAGAAAGCCAGCGGACAGAACUUGCUGACCUGAAGGCUCACAAGGGGGAUACAGACACACUGACCAGGAACAACUCCUGCACUGGGUUCUUCUAUGACUUAGAUAAGCAAACCAAAGCCACAGAGAGAUAUAUCAGAAGACUAGAAUAUCAUCACACAAAGGUAGAGGAACUUGCAGAAGCUUACAAUCUCCACCAGAGACUCAGGGAAGGAGCCAGAAACAUGGUGAAUGCCUACAACAGGUCCAGACACUCCCAGUCCUUCAGUAGACACUCCCAGGAGAGCCUGUCAGAGGUCAAGUCUGGCUUCAAGGAGUGUUCACAGAUGAUGUGUAUAAUAGAGGGGGAACUAGAGCAGAUGUUAGGUAGCUUCCAGAUGAGGAUAAAAGGCAUGGCGGGUUUUGCGCGGCUGUGUCCAGGUGACGUUUACGAUGUUCUGGUGAGAUACGGCCCACAGAAGUGGAGGUUACGAGGGAGGGUGGAGCGGGACCUGACACAGGUGUGGGACAAUCAGGAGGUGGUGUUCCAACCUCUCAUCGCAGACAUGCUCAACUUUAAGGUGUCUGAGGUGAAGACGUUAGGCAGAUCAGUGGUGAUCGGUAACAUGACGUGUGAGACCAAGGGUCUGUACAACCCCGUCCCACAGGUUCUAACGAUCAACGUUAACGAUCCGGGAACCCUCAAGCUGCAGCUCAUAGUCAAAUGGAGCCCAUGUGAGAGGGAAACAGAGGACUGGUUUGGGUCGUUAACCAAGAAGGAAUCCACCCACGUCAGGAAGAGAUACUCCACGGCAGACUCUGUCCUCACGUCAUCGUCGUCAUCCGGAGGAUCCUUCAACUCCCCUGACUCCAGCAUGUCUGCUUCUUACCCUAGAAGACUAAGGCCUUUGUUUGAGCCUCCAGCCAAAGUUGCUACCAAGAGUUAUUUCACUCAGGACACCGCACCUCAGGAGCCAAUGUUAGAGGAAAUGGACACCUCGCCAGGCCCCCCUCCCGUCACGGUAACCAAUGGCAGCCUGGGGGCUCUUCCAGCCACCGCUGUCACCCCCACUGUCCACCUGGAACAUGCCCUACAUUGCCUCAGUAUAGCCCUGGAGGAUUACAGGGGGCAGUACCACGAGUUGCAAGAGCUGGAAGAGGAGUUGAUACAGUUGCAGCAAAGAUUAAAGAAGACGAAUGUGAGUAGAAGAAGCAGUGGUUCCAGUAUAAGUCUGUCUGUGGAGAGUGCCCUGGAGAGCUUCAACUUCCUCAACUUUGUGGGGGAGGAGAGCGACUUGGACAGCGAGCCAGACAGAGGGUUCACAUUUAGCACAUUCAAACCCGACUGGCCCCCACCCCCACCGACAGAGCCCCCACCCCCUCCCCCCACCACAAACGGACAGCUCGACCCCUCCAAGGUCAUGCAGGAGAAGAAGUCCUCGGCCGCGUCCUUGAACGAGGACAUCGGACUGGGUGCCAGCCAGAACUCCAGCCCUGUUCCCAUGACAACGGGGAUUGAAGCAGUAGAUGUUGCCCUUGUCCAUCACCUGCAGUACUGUCAACACCUGCUAGGGAACCUUGGUUCCUUUGGCCCCCUGAGGUGCAGAGAGAUGUACUCCCUAGACAAGCUGAAGAAGCAGGCAGCCAUCCUGUGGCAGCUCAGAGUGCUGGUGGAGGAGGACAGGCAGCAGUGUGGGAUAGUGGAAGCCUGCCCGUCUCUGAAGGACCAGCCCAGAUUAGUGGACUUCUGGAACUGCUGUUGCCAGGGCCAGGAGACAGUGCUGUACACCACCAUGGACAAGCUGCACCAACAACUAGAGGUGGACAACGUACGGCGCCUCAGAAUACAGUACACGGAUGUCUCUGACAAGGUUCUCCCCGAGCUGAUCCGGAGAAUGACAGAUGACUACGACCCCCGUGAGGAGGGUCUGCUCACAGAGGACCAGCCACACGUCUUCUCCAUCUACCAGUUUGCAGCCUACGUAACGUCAGCAGAUGUCGGCGACAUCGGUAGUCAUGUGGACCUGCUUGCCAUAGAACUGACAACCAUCCACACCCUGAAGUCUUCCAACCACGAGCAGGCCAUCAAGGCGGUGAAGAAGAUCGGGAAGAGCGGAGUGCUCCCCAGCAAGGCCGUCCUACACACCCUGGGGGGUCUGAUGCUGGACUCCAACCCCAAACUCACCAGCGCAGCAUCCUCAUGUAUCAGCACCAUCUGCACAAAGAGUGGGGGGGCCAACAGGGAAAAGCAUGAAGAGAAUGAGCAGAGUGAAAAUGGGGAACUCGCCUUUGUGCUGUACCUGGAGUGUCUGGAGGAUAAGGACCCGAGCAUCAGGAGUGCCGGCUGUGCUGCACUGGGCUGUAUUAAGGCCAGAGAAAGCAUGGACAGCCUGCUGUACUUAUGUCAGUCUGAUGUGGACGAUGUGAAGAGAGCUGCUAGAGAUGCACUCCUGGCACUGGCCUAUAGCAGCUCACUGGGAGACUUAACAAAGAUUGGAGAGGAGGGCAGGCUGGCCUACGAGCACAUGGGGUCGUUACCCGGGCUACCGAGGGUCAUGUCGGAGACAGGUACCCCUCAGGUGGGAGCAUCAGCUUACCACUAACACCCGGAACACCUGCCACAGGUGUUGCACCUUGAGGAGUAGGACCUGUCAGCAAGGAAAAGUGAAAGUGUGAAAGUGAAAGUUCUCACUUUCACUCCCUGCAAGGAAAAAGAAAGAAAAUGCCCAAACGUUUACUUGAAUCAUGAAAAUGAUGGACACUACUCUCAGUUAAUGUGCAGGGUUUCAGCUGUACAUGGGUACAACAUUGUUGUGUCAACAGGAAAUUGCAACACUUCUAGGUACAUCUGUUAACAGUAGUUGCAUUGGUUGCUUUACGAAGAUUUGUAUUCUACCUUGCACAAAGUAAAGCGCUUGCUAGAAAGAUUUCGAUCAUUCCUUCUCAAGUUGAAAUGAAACAAAGCUUUAAAUAAUGUUA